CGUGUUUUUGUUUGUUUGUUUGUUUUUGUAUAAUAUACAUGGUUUAUCUAUUAUAUAUAGAGAGAGAGAUAGAGUGAUCAGUUAGAGUGCGUAACGAUAAGAAUGAGGAAUAAUGGAGUAGUGAGUGUAGCAUUGUUGAUAGUGUGUGUAACAAGUGUGUGUGUCGUGGAAUCGAAAUAUAUGAUAUAUGAGACAGGAGCGGGUGUUGUAAAAGGGAAACUAAAUGUUCAUUUGGUAGCACAUACGCAUGAUGAUGUUGGUUGGUUAAAGACUGUUGAUCAGUACUAUGUUGGUUCCAAUAAUUCCAUCCAGGGAGCAUGUGUUCAAAACGUGCUUGAUUCUAUGGUUCCAGCAUUGUUGGCUGAUAAGAAUCGCAGAUUUAUAUAUGUUGAGCAGGCCUUUUUCCAGCGAUGGUGGAGGGACCAGAGUGAGGCAACUAAAGCGAUAGUCAAGCGGUUUGUUAGCUCGGGUCAACUUGAGUUGAUAAAUGGAGGUUGGUGCAUGCAUGAUGAAGCAGCACCCCAUUAUAUUGACAUGAUUGAUCAAACAACAUAUGGUCAUAGAUUUAUCAAGGAUCAAUUCAAUGUAACUCCAAGAAUUGGUUGGCAAAUAGACCCCUUUGGUCAUUCAGCGGUGCAGGCUUACCUGUUAGGGGCAGAGGUUGGAUUUGAUUCUGUUUUCUUUGGGCGAAUCGAUUACCAAGACAGAGCUAAACGAAAAGGGAAUAAGCAUCUUGAAGUUAUUUGGCGGGGAUCCAAGAGUCUUGGCUCAUCUUCACAGAUAUUUGCAGGUGCUUUUCCUGAGAACUAUGAGCCUCCGCCAGGUGGAUUCUACUUUGAAGUCAAUGAUGAUUCUCCAAUCGUCCAGGAUGACGUCACCUUGUUCGACUACAAUGUCCAAGAGCGAGUUAAUGAUUUUGUGGCUGCAGCUUUGUCACAAGCAAACAUUACUCGCACAAAUCACGUAAUGUGGACAAUGGGGACGGACUUCAAAUAUCAGUAUGCGGAGUCAUGGUUUCGGAAUAUGGACAAGUUUAUUCAUUAUGUCAAUCAAGAUGGCCGGGUCAAUGCUCUCUAUUCGACACCAUCUAUAUACACUGAUGCCAAACAUGCUGAAACCGACUCAUGGCCUCUCAAAGAAGAUGACUAUUUUCCAUAUGCAAGCGACAUAAAUACCUACUGGACAGGUUACUUUACUAGUAGGCCAGGUCUCAAGGGCUAUGUAAGAAUGUUGAGUGGCUAUUAUCUGGCCGCAAGGCAAUUGGAAGUACUGAAGGGAAGAAAUAAAGCAGGGCCCACUACAGAGUAUUUGGGUGAUGCUUUAGGGAUCGCUCAGCAUCAUGAUGCUGUUAGUGGUACUUCUCAACAGCAUGUGGCUAAUGAUUAUGCAAAAAGACUCUCAAUAGGGCAUAAGGAGGCUGAAGUGGUGGUUGCGGAAUCAAUAGCUUGCAUGCUAUCACCAAAACCUGGAUGUGCACAAUCAGCAACCAAUUUUCAACAGUGCCCACUUCUGAACAUAAGCUAUUGCCCUCCAACUGAAGCUGAUCUAUCAUCUAGCAAAAAGUUGAUGGUUGUAGUCUACAAUUCCUUGGGGUGGAAGAGAUCUGAUGUUAUAAGACUUCCAGUUGUGAGCGAAAAUAUUGCAGUCUAUGACUCUAGCGGGAAACAAGUUGAAUCUCAACUUCUCCCUGUAGUAAGUGAAUCUAUAGCCCUUAGAAACUACUACACCACUGCAUAUACGGGUAAAUCACCAAGUACCACUCCCAAGUAUACGCUUGCAUUUACAGCAUCUGUUCCACCUCUGGGUUUUAGCACAUAUGUCAUUGAAAGUACAAAGAAGCCAGAUUCAAACUUUGUGAAAGAUGCUUUCUACAAGCAUACUGAAACAGGAAAAGAUGGGAUAGAAGUAGGGACAGGAAAUUUGAAGUUAAUUUAUUCUGGUAGUGAUGGAAAGCUUUCUCAGUAUGUCAAUAGCCGAAGCUCUAUUGAAGCCUCUGUGAACGAAGCAUAUAGCUUUUACGCUGGCUUUGAUGGCACUACUGGGGAGCAGGCAUCUGGAGCAUAUAUUUUCCGCCCAAAUGGUUCACAGCCUAUUAUUUCUCAGGAGAAGAAUAUAACAGUUUUGAGGGGCUCAAUAUAUGACGAAGUACACCAGAAAAUAAAUUCAUGGAUUUACCAGAUCACUAGAGUGUACAAGAAUAAGGAACACGCGGAAGUCGAAUUCACUGUGGGUCCUAUACCUGUUCAAGAUGGAGUUGGGAAAGAGAUUGUAAGUAAGAUCACAACCACCAUAAAGAGCAAUAAAACAUUUUACUCGGAUUCUAAUGGUCGAGAUUUCAUCAAACGGAUUAGAGACUAUAGAGCUGACUGGAAUCUUGAAGUAAAUCAACCUAUCGCAGGAAAUUAUUAUCCUAUCAAUCUUGGAAUUUACCUGAAAGAUGAUAAAAAUGAGCUCUCAAUCCUGGUUGAUCGAUCAGUUGGUGGAUCUAGCAUCAUUGACGGGCAGUUGGAGUUGAUGCUGCAUAGGAGAUUGCUAUAUGAUGAUGGAAAAGGUGUGGCAGAGGCACUAAAUGAAUCAGUUUGUGUUGGUAACGACUGUAGAGGAUUAGCUGUUCAAGGGAAAUACUACCUUAGACUUGAUCUGCUUGGGGAGGGUGCCAAAUGGCGCCGAUCUUAUGGUCAGGAGAUUUACUCUCCACUUCUUUUGGCCUUCGCUGAACAGGAUGGAAAUAAAGGAACCAACCUUCAAGUUUCUCAAUUUUCAGGAAUGGAUUCUGCCUACAGUCUUCCUGAUAAUGUGGCAUUGCUAACACUUCAGGAGCUAAAGGGGGGAGAAGUUCUUCUCCGACUGGCACACUUAUAUGAGACCGGAGAGGACAAGGAUCUCUCAGUUAUGACAAGUGUCGAGUUGAAGAAACUAUUUGCUAAAAGGAAGAUAAUUAAAGUAUUAGAAAUGAGCUUAUCCGCUAAUCAAGGAAGAGAGGAAAUGGAAAAGAAAAGAUUGGUAUGGAAAGUAGAAGGCACGAAGAAUGAUGAACCAACAACAUUGAGGGGUGGACCUGUUGAUCCUCAGAAACUGGUUGUGGAACUUGCUCCUAUGGAGAUACGUACCUUCAUUGUCACUGUAGCUAAGACGCUUUCGCGGAGAUUGGUCAGCUCGAAUAUUUUACGACAAUGAUUUGGUGUCCCCGAGCAACGUCCAUCUUUUUGCUGGUAUCUACAUUUGUUCUUAGUGUAUGACUAUUCAAGUUAAAUAAUGCCAUCUAUCAGAGAUGUUGGCUUUGUUCUUAUCCAUAAUUAUUUUGUUUCAAAUAAGAAUAAGAAUAAGAAUGUGCAAGUGAAUCUAACAUUCUAACCUGACCAAGACGUACUUAUAAAGGGGUCUGUUUUGAUA